AUGAAUAAGGAAAAUACGUUCCCGUCCGAGGAGGUGUACCGGCCCGGAAAAAGUAUCUUGAAGUCCAACUUGGACAGCCAGACGAUGCCAAUACCUAUGAUUCCACUCAAGGAAGACUCUUUAAGAACAAAUGAACGUCGGCGUGUUUCAUUUGCACCCGAAGUUACCCUUCACAAAAUCGAUUUUGUGCCUCAAUAUCAAAGCCAGAGCCGUAGAAGAGAGACGAUAGCAUUUAUACCUUCUCAGAUCUCAGACUCUUCUGAUGAUGGGUCCUCGCAGUCAUCGCAACCAUCGGUGCCUGAGGUGGGGCGCGAACUCUUAGCUGAUAGCUCUGACGAAGAGGUAAUAAAUGAAGAAAAUGACGAGCAAACCAUGGAGCUCACGGGUCAAAUUCCACAAUUCCCUCAGGUAUCUCUGUUUCCACAGGUGCAAUCCCAAGAGGGCCCCAUGUCAUGGGAAGAAAUGCCAAUGGAACUCACGGAGCAGUUUCCUAAAAUCGAGGCUUUUCAUGCUGAAAACACUUCUGAAUCUGGCACAAAUGUGGCUGAAGUUGGUAGUACUCACCCUCAAAACACGGAAGACACAAUGGAGUUCACUCAAGUAGCUGCUGUAUUUGUUCAAACUGAGAGUAAUAAUCAUCAAGACGAAGAAAACACCAUGGAAUUUACUCAGCAAGUGGGAAUGAUUCAGCAAGAGAUCAAUAACAGCCCUGAUAUUUCACCAGUCAAGGUAACCGAAGUCGAGGGUGAAAUGGAAUUGACACAAUCAGUCGGCCGUAUAACAUUGAAUCAGACCUCUACGAGUACUUCAGCGCUCCCAGAACCAACAACUAGACCCGACCCUACGGAGAUUCCCGCUGAUAAUGGUGCGUCACAGGAACCUAUGAAGCUCACUCAAACUGAUGAUAAGAUAGAAGUCCUACAAACAAGCGAAAAAACUUCCGAACAACCACCUAUACGAGCUGAAAGUCCUUUAGUAGCUCAGAAGAGACGACUGCCUUCGUUAUCACCACCUGCAAAGCGUAUCCAUCCACUGUCAUACACAACCACAAUCCCCCUCGCAGACAUUUCCGUUGACUCCAUUUACGAUGAUGAAGACUACGAAUCCGUUUCAUUGACUCAUUUCAUGAAGGAUAUUGGCAUUCGUUUUUAUGAUGACUUGGACAUAGGAACGUCUUCGAUAAGCAGAAUAAGCAUUUCGCUUCCCAAGGUCAUUGAUGGGUCCAAUGACUACUCGCUUCAAGAUUACGUGAACGCUACUAACAAACUUCCACUUUUGGAAUUACUCUACUUCAGUUGUGAAGAGAUGAGGAAGAAUAUAGAGGACGGAAAAAAGUUGUUUGAACAAUUUAACAACACGACACUAGCAUCCAAUCCCAAGUUGUUCAAGCAGUAUUAUUACAGUCCACUUGAAAAGCAGCUUGGCAUGCAAUCUGAAUUUCAACUCAUUAAAGAUUAUUGCCGCAAGCAAGCGAUGGACGCGUGGUAUACCUGGCGUACAACUAUGAUCCGAAACUUGCUUGACCUGACUUUGCUAAAAUAUGAGCAAGUACAGGAAGAUGAACGGCUAUUGAAUGAAAAAUUGGCCGCUGCCGAAUCUUUAUUUGUGGAGUCAAAAGAUAAGCUCAACAGGCUUAAACUCAUCAUGGCACAAUUGAGCGACAUAAGCGACCCUCAGAUCCACGAUAGCCUGGAAUUCAGCAGCCUUCGAAAUGAGUUGGUAUAUUUAUACUCGAAAAUUACGGCGAGUCGUCUGAAGAUUUCUCUUCUAAAAGAUGAAGUGAACGCUGUUGAUAUAGCAAUCGCGGACAACGAGUCUAAGAUCGCAGAAUUGAGAGGAUCUUUAGCUGAAUUAGAGACAAUACUCAAUAAGAAUAGGACCUAUGGAACCUCAGAGAUAUCCACUUUAGAGGCAAAGUGUAACUUACUUCAAAAAUUAACAGGCUUUAAUUUUGAAGCGGUCGAGGGAAACUCUAUAAGGUUCAGUUAUCAGCGAACAUAUUCAGUGCACUUAUCGUCAACUGGUUUGAAAUUUGCAUUGAUGCUGCCUGCAUGUUUUUACAACAAGCAAGUCGCAGAGCUGUUUGCUAUGCCCAUAACGGACAACAUCAAAAAACUCUCGGAUAUUCCCUUGCUCCAUAGGCGUUGGGAGGCCUUGAAGAGAUUAGAUCAAGAUAUCUACAAGAUCUCUCUUCGUUAUCCCGUUGCAUUCGUUAAUGAGACUGACUCAUGUUCUAUUGAUGUGCGAUACUACGAAGCGAACCUGAGGACUAAGGCCAAGAUCCAUGUAUCAGUUCCGAUCAGGUCCAUUGAGAACUAUCCGAAACUGGUGCGAAUUGCAUCCACUGUUUUACGCGGGAAAGCAGACCUGGCGAGUAUUCUCAGCCAAGUUGCUAGAUCCUGCUUAUCAAACGAGCUUCUCAUAUCCGGGGCUUUCUAA